AUGCUGCGGGGCGGCCGGAGCCCGCUGCAGCCCGCGGCGGGGUCCCCCGGAGGGGUCCGGGUGUCGUCGGGAGCCCCCGGGGCGGCGCAGGUAGCGGCGGGCAGUUUGCUCGCUCUGCUCAUCCUCUGGACGCUGUUUGGGAACGUGUUGGUGUGCGCUGCCAUCGUCCGCUACAGGCACCUGAGGAGCAAGGUCACCAACAUCUUCAUCGUGUCCCUGGCCGUGUCGGACCUGCUGGUGGCUCUGCUCGUCAUGCCCUGGAAGGCGGUGGCAGAGGUGGCCGGGUAUUGGCCCUUCGGGGCUUUCUGCAACGUCUGGGUGGCCUUCGAUAUUAUGUGCUCCACGGCCUCCAUCCUCAACCUGUGCGUGAUUAGCGUGGACAGGUACUGGGCGAUCUCGAGCCCGUUCCGCUAUGAGAGGAAGAUGACCCAGCGGCUGGCUCUGGUGAUGAUCGGUGUGGCUUGGGCUCUGUCUGUGCUCAUCUCCUUCAUCCCCGUCCAGCUCAACUGGCACAAAGGUGGGGAUCCUGCUGCAGUGGCUGUCGGGGAUAUCGGAGAUGGGUUUGGCGCUGGUUGGGCAGCAGCGGGUGCUGUCACCACCUGGGCGGAAGACUUGAGCACCACAUGGGUGGCAUUAGCAGCAAUGACACCCUCCGAUGGGACCUCUGGCAGCAACGAUACCCUUGCUGGACCAUCAGAGAGCUGUGACUCCAGCCUCAACAGGACUUAUGCUAUUUCCUCCUCCUUGAUCAGUUUUUACAUCCCCGUGGCUAUCAUGAUAGUUACCUACACUCGGAUCUACCGCAUUGCCCAGGUGCAGAUCCGUCGGAUCUCUUCCCUGGAGAGGGCAGCCGAGCACGCGCAGAGCUGCCGGAGCAACCAUGUUGACUGCCACCAUCACACAAGCCUCAAGUCCUCCAUCAGGAAAGAAACCAAAGUGUUGAAGACUCUCUCCAUCAUCAUGGGUGUCUUUGUCUGCUGCUGGUUGCCGUUCUUCAUUUUGAACUGCAUGGUUCCCUUCUGCGAGAGCCCACCAAGCGACCCCCAUGCAGGCCUUCCCUGCGUCAGCGAGACCACCUUUAAUGUCUUCGUCUGGUUUGGUUGGGCCAACUCCUCUCUCAACCCCAUCAUCUAUGCCUUCAAUGCUGACUUUAGAAAGGUCUUCUCCAACCUCCUGGGAUGCAGCCAGUUUUGCUCUAGUACUCCAGUGGAGACAGUUAAUAUAAGCAAUGAGCUUAUCUCUUACAACCAGGACACCCUUUUCCAUAAGGAGGUAGUGACUGCUUAUGUUAACAUGAUCCCAAACAUGGUUGACUGUGAGGAGAAUCGCGAGGACCCUUUUGAUAGGAUGUCCCAGAUCUCCCCUGACCCUGAGGUUGCCACCGACUCUGUCUGUGAGCUGGACUGCGAAGGGGAGAUUUCACUAGGCAAAAUAACACCUUUCACUCCAAAUGGUUUACAUUAA